AGUCGUGUUUUAAUGGUCGCACCGAGCAAGCCAGCUUUCGUGGAGCAACUCAGCUGGCGCAGCUGCAAUGAGCUGCUGCAUCCGCACAGCUGUGGGCGUGCCGCCUGGCAUAAUCUGUGGCGCUUUGCGUGCUCAAAUGCCAAGUAUUAUUUGCCAGUGGCCAUGCUGCAGCUGCUAAAGCAGGCGCUGCGUGGCGUCCAAGUGGAGCAGCUGCUCCGUGCUGCAGUGUGGUACCAUGCACAGCUGGUGUUUGGUGGAUUGGUCAAUGGCUGCCUCAUAGCCACAUUCAUGUGUCUGCUGCGCCAGUUGCUGGGCGAGUUCCGGCCGCACACGCUGCUCUUUGUGCCGGCCAUGUUGGGUGGCGCUUUUAUUGCCCUGGUGCCCAGACGCGUGAAGCAACUGCAGCAUACGGCCAUCUUUCAAGCUUUCAUCGAAAGCCUGCUGGUGCAGCGCGCCAAUCCUCUGACCAAACUGGUGGCCACGUCUCGUUGCCUGCAAACGCUGCUCUUCAUGGGCUCCAGCGCUAUCAUUAUGCUGGGCAAGCAGCGCUGCUGGCACAAUGGCUUCUGGUUUCUGACGCCCGAUUGCCUUCGCCCGGAAACCCACUUGGACAGCACUCGAUAUGUUGUCCAGGGCAUGCGUAAGUAUCUGCUCAUUGGCCUCGCCCUGGACAUCUUCAAGGCAGUGACGUCCUGCGUGAAAACGGGUCACUGGCAGUUGAAGCAGCUGCGACUGGAAACUAUGACUUGGCUGGGCUGCUACGUGGGCAUCUAUCGGAUUACCCUAUGCUCUAUGCAGAGUAGAGCAGAUGUCGGCCAAACACUACAGCAAAUCGUGUCCAGCUUUCUGGCCGGCCUCAGCUUUGCGUGCUGUCCAAAACUAACCAUUCUGAGCUAUGCCCUGCUGGAAGCGGGUCGCACGCUAUGGGGCAGAGUCAAGAGCCAACGGCGGCAAGCACGUUUCGGCUAUAGCGAUCUACUGUAUCCCCUGGCCCUGGCCUAUCUAAUACACACAUAUGCAUUCCAGCCGAAAAGGGUUAGCGCCUUGACGGGCAUCAUUAUUGACAGCACCACGGCCAAUUAUGCCGGCAACAUUGGCAAACGUCUCGAGCAGCUGCAGCUGGCUGGAAGAUGUGUCUGAUUUGAAUUAUUACUGUAAUUAGAUCGCUUUACAUAUAUCGAAAUAUAUACAUAUAUAAAUAUCAAUGCAUUUUAA